ACCGCGAGGGAGCCACUUGCUGGAACAGUCACUCUGCCACUGCUUUGCACAGGACAUUCCCUUACCAUUAUUCCCCUUUUUCAGUUUUUUUUUCAGUUAAGAAGAGAAGGAUUCUACCAUUUUGGAUAUGUUUUGUGGGACCAAAACUUGCUAGACUGCUGUACACUCUGAAGACAUCUAGUGGGAUUUUGCGGCAACUGCACUCUGGCUCAACAGAAAGCAAUGAUCUUUCCUAGGAAUUUAGGAUAUUCGUCUCUGUCACCGCCAUCUCAGCCUUCCAGAUCCUACCCAUUCAGUCCGGAGGAAUUAGGUUUUACAGUUGUACACCCGACUUAUGAAAUGGAGACACUAGAGGCACAUCGAUACUCCCAGUUGCAGAAUGGGGAAUCUCAGUUUCCACCAAGGUUUCCACAUCCAACUUGUCCAAGGGUUGAAUGCCCUGGCGUUAGUAGAGUUUUGCCAAAAACUGUGGAAUUGCCAAGGUAUCCGCACAUCACCCAAGACCAAACGGACAGCACUGAACCUGAUUACAGAGUAGUUUUCCCUCACUCUGCCUACUGCGGUCAACACUUUCCUGCUGGGUCUCUAAAUCUAGGAACGACUAAUUCGCCACACUCAAUAGGUCUGAAUUUUCACUCUCCUUGGCCUGCUCACCAAGUGCUUCAGAACAGACAGAGAAAGAAGCGGGUGCCUUACACCAAGUACCAGAUUGCAGAACUGGAAAAGGCCUUUGAAGAAAAUCGGUUUCUAACUCCAGAAAGCAGACAAGUUAUUGCUGUUAAACUUGGUCUCACUGAACGACAGGUAAAAAUAUGGUUUCAAAAUCAACGGCAAAAAGAGAAAAAGCUUCUUCACCGCCAGCCUGUUGGAAUUUCAAGUUCUGUGACUGUUGCGCCAAAUGAACAAUAG